CGUGUGAGUGCGAGACGGGGGAGGAGGAGAGUCAUGCAGGCGGUCAUGGGAAGGGGGUGGUUUGCAUAUUUAACAGCCCGUGCCCAAGUGCGCCAGCCUUUUCGGGGUCGGCGCUCACCGGGACUCCCGUACGCCAAGGAAGGGACCGCGUAUCACCGCACCGGAAGUCCAGCAUGCCUCAGUACAAGCUCACCUACUUCAACCUGCGGGGGCGAGCAGAGAUCAGCCGCUACCUCUUUGCCUAUUCAGGCACGAAGUACGAAGACCACAGGAUAGAAGCGGCAGACUGGCCCAAAAUCAAGCCAACUAUUCCAUUUGGCAAACUCCCUAUUCUGGAAGUAGAUGGAGUUAUCAUACACCAGAGCCUGGCGAUGGCAAGAUACCUUGCCAGAGAAGCAGGUGUGGCAGGCCAGACGCCUGUGGAACAGGCUUUAGCUGAUGCCAUUGUGGACACCAUUGAUGAUUUCAUGACACUGUUCCCUUGGGCAGAGAAAAACCAGGACGUGAGAAAAAAAGCAUUUGAUGAUAUCCUCACCAACAAAGCACCUGAGCUACUGAAAGAUUUGGAUACUUUCUUAGGGGAUAAGAAGUGGCUGGUAGGGAAUUCUGUAACGUGGGCUGAUUUCUACUGGGAUGUGUGCAGUACAACACUUCUAUCCUGUAAGCCUGACCUGGCAGACAAAUACCCCAGGCUUUUGGCUCUCAGGGAGAGAGUGCAAGCACUGCCAGCUAUUGCAGCCUGGAUCCAGAAAAGGCCAAAGAGUGUAAUGUAGAUCAGCUGCUCAGAGAAACAAAUGCUUGUUUAGUUUUCAUUAUGACAAGCAUCCUAAGUUAUUAACUUCUAAAUCAUUUAAUUAACUUCAGAUGGCUAUGCUGUAUCAAAUCAAAAUCUACUAUUUGUAUCCACUUGCAAGAGAAUCUAAAAUACUGAUUUAGUAGAGUAAUAAAUAUUGAUUCACAGAAA